GAGUCACGUGAUUUACCGCCAUUUUAAUGGUAAUCUCUUCGCAGAUGUAAAUAAGCCUGCGACCGCAGUGACCAACCUUGGUUUACUCAAGAAAUUCAGCCUUUUGAAGCAGUUUAUUCUGGAGUGAAAGCAAAGGAAACUCAACUAAAAGUAAACAAGACAUAUAAAAGCUGACUUGGCAGUGUGCAACAUAUUUUCAUCUGGAGGUUUAUAUAUCAAGGUGGUCACAGAACAAGUUUCAAGAAAAAAAAGUAACAGGAAAGAAAAAAAAAAACCCAUCUGGAUCUAAUGAAGAAAUGUACUGGAGAUAAUCAUGUGAUUCUUUUAAACGUCACAUGUUUCCUUUUCAAAUGGAAAAAGCAAGAACACAUGGAUGUCAGUUUUAAAUUGCAUUUGAUAACAUAUGAUUGAUUUUUAGACAAGGAAUUUACAUGACAUCUGUGACAGUUUCUGAAAGCAGGCAUUGAAGCAUUCAUUCCAAGAGAUACCAUUAAAAACCAAAUAACUGACCACACAAUUGCAACAGCUUCACAUUUACUGAUUGGACUCAAUACUUCUUGGAUGUAAAAGGUGGAGUUCUCCCAUUGGGUCAAGUGCAAUUCAGAUCCCACUCGCUACCCUGAUGUAUAGCUUGAGGAUGAAACCAUGCCUGUACGUGUGCGCCCCUCUCCAGUGACCUAUCAUGGGCACUCUACAACAAGAACCAGCAUGAUACCCCGCCCCCCAGCUAGCUACCAGAGUACAGGCAGCUCUUCGAUUCGGCGACGCAUCGCACCACGCGCCACCCAACAUGCCCUCGACACAUCCUCAUACAGCAAGCCGACCAACUUGUAUUCAAGCAGUUACGGAUCACCAUCCACCACCAGCCGCGAUGCCUACCGCCCUCAUCGGUCCAGUAUCACCAGUCGAACCUCCACCAACCCCAUCACCGCCACGUAUGAGCCAAAUAAAUACGGUGCCGACUCCUCAAAUAUCACCACCUACAGUACUAAAUACGCCUCAAGGUCGCUCCGACAAGAGCAGCGUAGCCCGAGCGUGUCUUCGCUAUCUCGGGACCUACUGAAGCUGCCUCUCAUGGACGAUUCACCGUCCAGGACGUAUAAAAGUUCAAAUUUUGGCAGCGUGCAUGAUAACCUUUAUAAAUCUUCCAUCGAGGACUUGCAGGCACCGCGUCCGCGGGAUAGCUCCGAGAGCAGGACUUCAUCUGCAAAUAAUACGGAAGAGGUCAAGGAUAGUUACAGUAGGACAGAAAAAACAUACCGACCUUCACUGCCCAAUAGGGGGUCAAGCUAUUCAACCCUUAAAAGAACUCCAAGUAUUGUGAAAUUAUCAAAUAGGAGAUCAAGUCUAGGUGAUUAUUCUUCAAGAUCGACAGCUGGAGAGUACGGUCUUUCCACGAUCAAAGGAGCUGGGAAAAGAGGGCUGAAAAACAUAGGAAAUACGUGUUAUAUGAACACCAUUAUCCAGUGUCUGUCUUCCAUUCCGGAGUUGUCCAAGUAUUGCCUUCAGAUGGAUAACUUCUUGCGCAACGAUCAUGUUAACAGCAAUAGCUACCACUCUGGCAAACUCUUUCAAGAGUUUGCAGAGACUCUCAAGAAACUCUGGGACCCCGACUCUACCGUCAGCUCCUUGACGCCGCACAACCUGAAGCGUCAAAUUGGCAACAUGCUCAGUCAUGAGUUUCGUGGUUACAGGCAACAUGAUGCUGCAGAGUUUUUAUUGAGUCUUCUUGCUGAGUUGAGUGAAGAUGUUAACAGAGUCAAAAAUCCCCCCAGGCUGGGUGCUAUGCCAGAGAACCUCAACCCCGUUGAUCUUGCCAAUCUCAUGUGGCGGCGCCAGCAACAGCUGACCCAGUCCAUCAUAUUUGACCUCUUCAAUGGCCUAACACGCAGCACACUAAGAUGUUCCACAUGUGACUACGUCUCAGUGACCUUUGAACUCUUCUAUGACCUCUCAGUGCCUAUUCCUACGGGGUGUAGUUCCCUAGCAGAUGCCUUAGAGCUGUAUACCAAACCAGAAACGUUAACAGGAGAAAACAAAUUUCGAUGUGAAAAGUGCAAAACGUUACGAUCGGGUACCAAAAAGAUGGAGAUAGAGAGAUGCCCUAAAGUUCUCAUCAUCCAAUUAAAGAGGUUUUCAUCGUCACAUACCGGACUGACGCGGAAGGUAGACACUCAUGUAGAUGCACCACUUCGGGGUCUUGAUCUCAGCAAUAAUCUAUCGCAAGACGCCGAUCCGUGUUCCCGUUACCACCUACAGGCCGUGUGCAAUCAUUAUGGGGGGACUGCAGGAGGUCACUACAUAGCGUACUGCAGACAUCCUGAAGAUGACCAGUGGUACAAGUAUGAUGAUGAAAGAGUCACGCAACUAAAGGAGUGCAAUGUUGUAACAUCCAACGCCUAUAUCCUCUUCUAUACUUCCAAGUUAAGCCGUAAGGACUCCAGGCUAUGAUAGCCUUUAUAUCCCUUCUGUACCUCGCCAUCAGAACAAACUAAUAAGACUGUUAGAACCCUACCUGUCAAGGACAAUCGCUGUAGACAUCAAGAAUCUCCGAACAGAUGCCCAUUUGGAAGCAAGCUACUUGUACUGCACCAUGUCCAGAUGUAUGGUCCUUUGGUGAUUCAAGAAUAGCCUUACCCCUGGAUACAUACUCACCAAUGCCAAACUGCCAAUCUUCCCCAAGCUGCCAGUCAACCCUGACUCUAUGGCUCAUAUUCUCAAUAGAAGUUUCAAUCGUACUAUGGUAUCAAACCAUGGACUAUGCAGAUUUGUGUAUAUAAUUAUCCUCAUUUAAUCACCUAAACUGAGAAAAGUCCAAUUCUAAGUGCGCACUUUUGGCAAAGGGUGCCUAAUUGAAGCGUGAUAAUACCCAAAAUCUAUAUAGUCCAUGGUUUUGUACCAUGGUUCAAUUGAAACCUCUUGAGAAUACAGGCCUUUGCGUCAGAAGAUGUCGUAGUGAGAAGCUAGAUAGCUUCUUGCAUUGUGUUAUGUGUAGAUAAGUGGCACUAUGGCAAUUGAAGACUAGCCUUACCCUUUGUUACCCAUCAAUGCCAGACUGUAACCCUUCACCAUACUGACAUUUCAUCCUGGGCCCUUUGUCAUGAAGCUUAGCAAUUGAUCUUGGGGUUCAUUUUUACAAUUGAUCAUACAUGAUAAUCAAUGGCAAUCAAUCGUAGCAAUGAACGAUCCAUGAUCGAUUUUUUAGCUUUAUGUAACUGGGGUCCUGAAGAUGCCUUCCGAAGAAGCCUGAUAGGUGACUUGCAUUCCACCAUGUCAAGAUUGGUGGCAUGACUGACACUACUACUUAUUAGCUCCAGAAUCACCUAUCAAAGCCCUCUGUUAAUCCCAACAUUGUUUUGUGUUGGUUGAAAACAUAUUUAAUAAAAAAUAAAAAUGUAUAUGGCACCAUAAUGGCUGAUGAGAAUACAUGUAAAGAUGCCUUGUCUGAAGACUCAAUAGCUACUGACAUUGCACCAUCUCUAGAUAGGUGGCUCGAGUGACCUUCCUUUUGAGUUAAUGAUUAGCUUUCAUCCUCUGACACUCAUCAAUAUGUAUCUGUUGAUCUGAAUUAUGUAUGCUAGAUGAUCUGGGAAGUUGCAUUCUUUUAGAGUUUUCCAAAGGAGAUUAUCACCAGACACUCAAGCCCAUAUUCUCAAAGGAGGUUUCAAUUAUACUAUGGUACAAAACCUUGAAUUGUGCAAAAUUUUUGUCCAUAAUUAUGCUCAUUUCAUGGCAUACACUAAGAAAAAUCCCAUUAAAUGUGUGUCUUUGGCAAAGGGUGCUGAAAGGGAUGCGCAAUAAUACAAGAAAUCUGCAAAAACCAUGUUUUUUUUACCAUGGUACAAUUGAAACCUCUUUUGAGAAUAUGGGUCUUACUGUCAAUUUUGAUUCUUGAAUAGGUUGAUAGCUCUCGAUUCAACAUUAACCCUAAAAGGCUGGGGGGCCUACAUUUUUCAUGAUAAAUCUGCCGCGCAAAAUUUUUCAACCGCGCCGCUCGCUGACUUUUUAUUUUCAAAUCUCACACAACUUCUGAGACCAAAUUUGCCAUGCCCGGAUACGCGGUUACAAAAUUACGCAACAUUAUGUAAGUGCAUGUCAAACCCAAAACUGCUCAAAAACUUGAAUUCAUGUACAAAUCCAAUGCAAAUUGUGUAUUUAGCCAAAAUUCAUAAACGUAUCAUUAUUUCUACCUUUACUGAUUAAAAUUGAUAUUGUCAUGUUUAUGAUCAGAAACAAUUUGCAUCGAAAAAACAAUUUAAAAAAAAGUUAAAAAAAAGAGAAGUACAUAAGAAAUUAAAAAAAGCUAAAAUGCAUAAAAAAAAAAUGGUCAUACUAAAGUAUUUUUGAAGCCCAUUUGAUCUACAAAGAGUCUGUGAAUAAAAAAUUAACAGUUUUGGGGCUGUAUGAUAGUUGAUUAGAGCAAAUAUUUUAUUUCAUGCAUAAAUUUGCAUAAUUAAUUCAUUAAAUAAAAAAUCUUAUUAUUAAAAAAAAAUUAACCAUACAGCCUAGUAGAUUCUAUCGCACACUACCACCGUGCAAACUUUUGCGGCGCUGUGAGAUGGAUCCAAAUAACCCUGCUCUUUUAGUGGUAAGACAACAUUAGCGAUUUAGGGGAUGUCUCAUAGAGAAUUACAGCUAUUUGCUAUUAUUGCAAUUAAUAUGGUAGCAGGGUUCAGCAUUCAAUCACAAUCAAGUUUUCAACGGAAGUUACAAUAGUUGAAGUCUUCAUGAAAUAGGCCCCUGAUCUAUGACCUAGGAAGCAGUUAAAACAGAAUGAAAUUGCCAUUUCCAAAGCUGGCAUCCUGCAACAGACUCUGUUCCAAAAGAUUUUUGUAGUUGGCAAUCUUUUCAUUUCUUGUAUGAAGCUUGUCAGCACCAGAACUUCAAGAAUUUUGUCAGUUGCUAAUCAACCUUAUCUUGAAAUCUUUCAAAAAAUUGCCUUGAGGACAAGCGCUAGUCUGUGUUACGACAGUUGGAGAUCACAAAUUGCUGUUCGUGGCUACUUUUAGUGAAAUUAGCUGAAAGCAAUUGAAACAAAACAUGGUGCUGUAUUUCUAACAAAUCCAUUCAAAAUGUGCCAACAGUCAGGUU